GAGAUCCGCAAGGUGGAGGAGGCGGCCGCACGCGCGCAGUACGUGUUGCACACCCGCGGCGCGAAAGGAGCUUCCAAGGGCCACAAGCAGGAGAUCAGAAGCAGCAAGAAGGAGGACGAGACCGCCAUCGUCAAGAAAGCCUUGAGGGGCAAGUCCGAGGGCCUCAGCGCCGAGUACCCGGUGAGCAACUGCGUCGGCGCCGGGCGCAUCGAAGGCUGGUUCGUCACAACGCCAGACAAGGUUGUCGAGAGGGGCUUCGGUCACCUGCAGUCCUUCAGCUUCGAGGGCAACCUGGUGUUCCACGUCGAGUGGAGUCCGCUGAUUGAUAAGGCGAAAUUCAACCAGAGGGACCCUGUCAUGUUCGAGGUGGUGCUCGCCAACAACGGCGACCACGAGGCCGUAAACCUGGCGCUGCCAGAGCAGGAUGGCGCUCCCGGCCAGGACGGCCCCUGGACCAAGAGGCCCGAGCCCGAGCCGGAGCCCAGCGCCAGCUCGGCAGACGCCGGGGGCAGAGGCGCGCAGCGGGAGGCGCGGCAGGACAAGGGCAAGGGCAAGGGCUGGCAGCAGCCUGGCUCCGGUGGCGCUGGAGACGGCGCCGUUGUGGCCUGGAAUCCUGCCGGCCAGAUGGUGCAGGGUGGCUGCGGCGGCUGCGGCGGCUGCCCCCAGUGGGGCAUGCAGGGCCAGGGCGGCUGGGGCGGCGACCAAUGGGCCAUGCAAGGCAUGCAGGGCGGCAACCAGUGGGGCGGCAACCAGUGGGGCGGCAACCAGUGGGGCGGCAACCAGUGGGGCGGCAACCAGUGGGGCGGCCAGACGUGGCCAGACAACAGGACCCACGAGGAGAAGGUGCGCGACCGCGUCAAGCAGCUGCAGAAGACCGACAUGGUCGGCAAGGAGCAGUGGAUCCUGUUCACCGAGCGCUUCGGGCAGGGCGGCAAGCGGGACCCCAAGUUCUACGACGUGGAGUUCCUCGACCGCUUCUUCAAGGGCUGGGACGCUGGGGAGCUGCUCGAGGGCAAGGCAGAUGAGUAUGAGGAGGCGCCCGACGGCAGCUGGGCCCCCCCUGGCAAGCGCGGUCCCCGUGGGAACCGCGACAACACGUGGGGCAACGAGGACGGCACGGGCGUCUUCUUCGGCGGCCUCCUCAAGGACGUCACGGAGGACGCGCUGAUGGCCUUCGCGGAGACCGUCGGCCCCGUGAAGUUCAUCAAGAUCUUCACCGACGCCGAGGGCAAGCCACGGAGUUGCGGCAAG